UCACCAAGGCCCCAUACACGGGAAAGUGGGAAGUAGUAGCUUGAACGAAUUGAGAGUGACAUGGCCGCUAGUGGUAGUAGCAAGAUGGCUAGCAGUGGUGGUAGUAAAGGUCUCAAUCCUGAACAGGUUGUAGUCGGUUUUAACAAGCUGAGACAGGAACAGAGGAGCCUUGCAUCAAAGGCAGCAGAGCUGGAAAUGGAACUGACAGAACACAGUCUUGUCAUCGAGACAUUAAAGGAGGUGGACCCAAGCAGAAGGUGCUACCGCAUGGUUGGUGGAGUGCUAGUGGAGAGAACCGUGAGGGAGGUCCUUCCAGCCCUUGAGAAAAACAAAGACCAGAUUGGAAAAAUAAUGGAGACUUUGAAUCAGCAGAUGCAAGCAAAAGGCCGGGAGCUGGUUGAUUAUCGAGAGAAGUACAAUAUUCGACUCGUUGGGGAAGAGGAACAGAAGCAACUGGGCCCAAAAGAAAAUGAAAGUGGUGGUAAAACAGGGACAGCUGGUGUUUUGGUCUCCUAAUAAUCAUGAAAAGAUACAAAGUGCAAUGUGAGGCUGGCUCCUUUGAUGCCCUUCUCAAAACUGAUAACUGGCAUUUUGGAGUUUAACUUAAUGAAAGAUGACUCGCUGUGGAUAAGUAACUCUCAACUUCUGGGACAAGGAGGAAACCUGAGUUUUUGUGAAGUGGGUGGGGCGUUGGUUUCUUAAUUAGAGCCAGGGACAUUCACUGUGUUGUUCAAGAGACUUUGUCUCUGGUUGCCAGGUAGGACACAGUGGAUCAAGAAUAUAUGACCUGAAUUUUACAGUGCUGGACAUCCUGGUGUAGUUUGGGGUGGUGGUAAUAAAGGAAUGACCAGGAAAAUGUUGUCUUAAAGAACAGUCUCUAGAAUAGUUUAUGUUGCUUUCUGACCCCUUUUUUUUCAGAAUCUACAGUCUCCCCUUGCUGUUAACGGAGCUUUGCAUCUUGAAGGCCUUGGCUUAACGAGUUGUGAGAGACUCACUUGCACUUACGUUUUAUGAGUACUGACUCUGAAUCGAAGGAAAGGCUGAGCCCCCUGUUUUUUGACAUCAGGAGGGUUUUGGGGGGUUCUCGUUUCAUGUCACAGGAGGAGAGGGUUAACAGUUCUAUAUUUAUUUUUAUGACCACCUUGUACAAACAGUAUUUUUGUUUAUUUUUUUUAAGCAAUAUCUUGUUCCUUUUGCAUUGUUGAGUUAAAUAAAAUUGGAAACCAGUUGUACAAAA